AUGGGCAGCCUCCCAGACUUUGAGGCCUGUGAGUUUGACUUUGAGGCAGAGUGGGAACAGUUAGAGGUGAGAAGGACACUGCUUCCUGGUUGUGAAGGCAGAUCUGGCUCCCUGGCUGACGAGAAGGACCUUCAGGACUUCAUGCCCUACCUCUCUGUGGAGUCUGAGACCAUCAUGCAGCAGCUGAUGGGCCCAGAGACCUGGGGUGCCCUCAGAUACCCAUCUCUGGAAAGGUCCACUGCUGAAGCGUCCACCAUUUGGGCAGAGGCAGAUGCAGACUUCAGUGCAAUAGGCACGCUGGCCUCAAGCUGUGUGGAGGCUCAGCAGGUCUCUGCCGCCCCUCUGAGCCACCCCAGUCGGCCCAAGGGGAGCUGGGCCUGGAGGAAGUCCAAGAGAGGCACCAAAAGUCAGAUGGUGGGCAGCGGGGAAGCCCAGCAGCCCUCUUCCAACCCCAAAUCUUCAGAUGAGCUCAGUGAGCUACAGCUGAUGAGGGUGAGCAUCUGCUCCAAAGGAGGAGGCCAGGCCAGGUCCUGCAGCCCCAGGGAACCCGGAGACCCAGCCAGACGCUCGAGUGUUCAUAGCAGGGAGAAUUUUUUUUCCCCUCUGCCUGGCCCUCUGCUGACCUCCGCUCCUCGCGGACUCCCCUCAACCAUGGACAGGCAGGUCUUGGGAGAGCUGGAAGCUGGCUCCUCCAAGAAAAUGCAAAGUGUGCUCUGGGGCAAGGGAGGGAGCAGAUCCAACUACCCAGGAGUAGCAGCUGCUGCUACUGCAACUACUACUGCUAAGAAAUUCAGCAGUGGUGAACCAAACCCCAGAGUUCCCCAACCCUCAGGAAGCUCCCAGCCCUUGAACUCCAGCCUUGCACCCUCUGAUCCAGCCAGGCCCUUCCCACUUCACACUCAGGCUGGGGAGCUGGAGUUUGUACUCUUUUCAGGUGAGCAGGAUCCACCUGUGCAGACCCCGGUUCUGGAAAGGCAGCAGCAACCACCUGGAGCAAGGGCUGUCCCCGGUCAGUGUGUGCUGCUACGGAAAGAAAUAGAUGAUCUCAAGGAGCAACUAGGUAUGAUGACACCUGGGCAGAGGAACAGGGUCAGAGGCUGACCUCAGUGUCUCCACGCAGGUUCCUGGGGUGGGGCUGGUUUGGUCUGGUCUGUGCUGCACUGCAGGUAUAGGCAACAUGGUGGGGUGGAGAAAACCAAGCUGGCCUGGCCCUGAUGCCUUCAGUGCCUUGACAGCUAGGGCUGUGUAUAAAAAGCAGUGCAUUGUCUGACCUCCACAUACUCUGCCAUUGAGACCAAAAGACUCCUCCUCUGAAGACCCCUAGAAACCCCUCCUUUGUUUUCCCUCCAAGCUCUGGUUGGUGUGGCUUGUUUGGUGUUUGUUGCCCUACGUUUGCUUGAUUGCUUGUUCUUAACACAUUUCUGGAUGG